CCACCACCACCAACCCACCUUACUCGCUUCAUCUAUGGGCAGAAAAAUAAUAACUUCCUUGAAAUUUCUCUAGUUUUUACACCAACCCCGUUGCUUUUCCUCUUGCUGAAAAGAACCCAGAAGCCAGAACUCUGUUCCCGUGGGCGCAAUGGAACGUGUGAGGAGGGUGGCUAACCGUGCAAUCCUCAGACGUUUGUUGAAUGAGGCCAAGCAAUCCAGGAAUGGGGCUGAAAUGAACUCUAGAUCAUCCCCUGUGUUGUACACACCUUCAAGGUAUGUGUCAUCACUGUCCCCAUUUGCUUCUAAUGGCUCUGUGUCAGAUUUGUUGUCUGGUAGAGGUGUGUCAUACAAUGUUGGUUAUGGGGUUGGGUCACAAAUUCGAUCUGUAUCGGUUGAGGCAUUGAAAUCCAGUGAUACUUUCCCUCGCCGACAUAACUCUGCAACCCCAGAAGAGCAGAGUAAAAUGGCUCAGUCAUGUGGGUUUGAGAGUCUUGAUGCACUUGUUGAUGCCACAGUGCCUAAAUCUAUUCGUAUUGAUUCGAUGAAGUUCUCUAAGUUUGAUGAGGGGUUAACUGAGAGCCAGAUGAUUGAUCACAUGAAGAAACUGGCAUCAAAGAACAAGGUGUUCAAGUCAUUUAUAGGGAUGGGGUAUUAUAAUACUCAUGUUCCUCCUGUGAUUUUGAGGAAUAUUAUGGAGAAUCCGGCUUGGUACACUCAGUAUACCCCGUAUCAGGCUGAGAUAUCUCAAGGCCGUCUUGAGUCCUUGCUUAAUUACCAAACCGUGAUUACAGAUCUUACUGGUUUGCCCAUGUCAAAUGCUUCCUUGCUUGAUGAGGGCACUGCUGCUGCUGAGGCAAUGGCUAUGUGUAACAAUAUACUGAAAGGAAAGAAGAAAACUUUUAUUAUUGCCAACAAUUGCCACCCACAAACAAUUGAUGUUUGUGAGACUAGAGCUGGUGGCUUUGAUAUUAAGGUAGUUACUGCAGAUCUUAAAGACAUUGAUUAUAGCUCGGGUGAUGUCUGUGGGGUAUUGGUUCAGUAUCCAGGUACUGAGGGUGAAGUUCUGGAUUAUGGAGAGUUUGUUAAGACUGCUCAUGCUCAUGGGGUAAAGGUUGUCAUGGCAACUGAUUUGCUGGCUUUGACAAUGUUGAAGCCUCCUGGUGAAUUUGGGGCAGAUAUUGUUGUUGGCUCAGCUCAGAGGUUUGGAGUGCCAAUGGGGUACGGAGGUCCUCAUGCUGCGUUCCUUGCCACUUCCCAAGAGUACAAGAGGCUGAUGCCAGGGAGAAUUAUUGGUGUUAGUGUUGAUUCUUCAGGAAAGCCUGCUCUGCGUAUGGCAAUGCAGACUAGGGAGCAACACAUUCGAAGGGACAAGGCUACCAGCAACAUCUGUACAGCCCAAGCAUUACUUGCAAACAUGGCCGCUAUGUAUGCUGUCUAUCAUGGACCUGAAGGCCUAAAAACCAUUGCCCAAAGGGUCCAUGGUCUAGCCGGAACAUUUGCACUAGGACUGAAGAAACUGGGGACAGUUGAUGCCCAGGGCCUUCCCUUCUUUGACACUGUUAAGGUCAAAGUUUCUGAUGCUCAUGCAAUUGCAGAUGCUGCUUACAAGAGUGAGAUGAAUUUGCGGGUUGUAGACCCAAAAACAAUCACUGUUUCAUUUGAUGAAACAACCACCUUGGAAGAUGUUGAUAAGCUUUUCAAAGUAUUUGCAGGGGGCAAAAGUGUUCAUUUUACUGCUGCAUCUCUUGCACCAGAAGUUCAGAAUGCAAUUCCUUCAGUGCUAACAAGAGAAAGCCCAUAUCUUACCCAUGCCAUAUUCAACACGUACCACACAGAGCAUGAGUUACUUCGCUAUAUUCACAGGUUGCAAUCAAAGGACCUUUCACUCUGCCACAGUAUGAUACCUUUGGGAUCUUGCACAAUGAAGUUGAAUGCAACAACUGAAAUGAUGCCAGUUACAUGGCCUAACUUUACUGACAUUCACCCUUUUGCCCCUGCUGAGCAGGCUGAGGGUUAUCAGGAAAUGUUCACAGAUUUGGGCGAACUGUUAUGUACCAUCACUGGUUUUGACUCAUUCUCAUUGCAACCUAAUGCUGGUGCUGCUGGCGAGUAUGCUGGGCUGAUGGUUAUUCGUGCAUAUCAUAUGUCAAGAGGAGACCAUCACCGAAAUGUGUGCAUCAUACCUGUCUCGGCACACGGGACAAAUCCUGCUAGUGCUGCUAUGUGUGGAAUGAAAAUUGUUGCUGUUGGAACUGAUGCCAAGGGGAACAUCAACAUUGAAGAGUUAAGAAAAGCUGCUGAAGCUCACAAGGACAACCUAUCUGCUCUCAUGGUUACAUAUCCUUCAACCCAUGGAGUCUAUGAAGAAGGGAUUGAUGAGAUAUGUAAAAUAAUUCAUGAAAAUGGAGGACAAGUGUACAUGGAUGGGGCUAACAUGAAUGCUCAGGUGGGCUUGACUAGCCCUGGUUUCAUUGGAGCAGAUGUUUGCCAUCUCAAUCUCCACAAGACAUUCUGCAUUCCACAUGGAGGUGGUGGUCCUGGCAUGGGCCCUAUUGGUGUUAAGAAACAUUUGGCACCAUUUUUGCCUUCACACCCUGUGAUACCUACAGGUGGCAUCCCAGCCCCCGGGGAGUCCAAACCUCUCGGUACAAUUUCUGCUGCACCCUGGGGCUCUGCACUUAUCUUGCCAAUAUCAUACACUUACAUAGCUAUGAUGGGGUCUAAGGGGCUCACUGAAGCUUCAAAGAUAGCUAUUUUAAAUGCAAACUACAUGGCCAAACGUUUGGAGAAUCACUAUCCCAUUCUAUUCCGUGGUGUGAAUGGAACUGUUGCUCAUGAAUUUAUCGUAGACUUAAGAGGCUUUAAGAAUACUGCUGGAAUAGAGCCAGAAGAUGUUGCAAAACGUCUUAUGGACUAUGGAUUCCAUGGACCAACAAUGUCAUGGCCUGUACCAGGCACCCUCAUGAUCGAACCCACUGAAAGUGAAAGCAAGGCUGAGUUGGACAGGUUUUGUGAUGCUCUUAUCUCCAUUAGGGAAGAAAUUGCACAAAUUGAGAAAGGAGAGGCUGAUAUCCUCAACAAUGUCCUGAAGGGAGCUCCUCAUCCACCAUCCUUGCUCAUGGGAGAUGCAUGGACAAAGCCAUACUCCCGUGAAUAUGCAGCUUUCCCUGCUUCCUGGCUCCGUACCGCUAAAUUCUGGCCUUCUACAGGACGUGUGGACAAUGUGUAUGGAGACCGCAACCUCAUCUGCACCCUUCUCCCAGUGUCACAGAUGGUGGAUGAACCAGCAGCAGCAACUGCUUAGGAUCAACAUCUGUGCCCCUUGAUGAGGGAGGGUUCUUCAUAGACAUGGAAAAUUAAAGCUAUCUUCCUCUUGCUCACUUGUAUAUAAAACUACUUCCCCUUUCUAUAUCCUCAUUUGCAGCUGGUGUCUUCAAUUUCAUUGAUAAAUACUGUGAUUAUUAGCUGCCUUAAUAACCAUUUUGUCAGGUAAUUGCAACUUAAAUGUUGUAAUUAUCAUUCCUCUAUAUUUUCAAUCCUGUCAAUAUUAGCAGGAGAAGGUGUCGCUUGUUCUACAUACA